UUCCGGCGCCAGGGGUGAGCUGAACGCCGCCCGCCCCCUGCCUGCGGUCUCCGGCGGGUGAACAGGCCCGACCCUACAGUGACUCGGUGUGUCUCAGGCGGAAGGGGAGAGACGCAUUACCCUGGAGAAAGGGGCCGAGCUGCCGGUAGAGAACAGAUAAUGCAUCCUGUCUUGUUCUUGCUGCCCGGCAUGCCAGUGCUUCCUCUAUGAAUUUGAAAGACAUAUUGGCUGACUUGAUACCUAAAGAGCAGGCCAGAAUUAAGACCUUCAAGCAGCAACAUGGCAAGACUGUGGUGGGCCAAAUUACUGUGGACAUGAUGUAUGGUGGCAUGAGAGGUAUGAAAGGAUUGGUAUAUGAAACAUCAGUUCUUGAUCCUGAUGAGGGCAUCCGUUUCCGAGGAUUUAGUAUCCCUGAAUGCCAGAAACUGUUGCCCAAGGCUGAGGGUGGGGAAGAACCCUUGCCUGAGGGCUUAUUUUGGCUGCUGGUAACGGGACAGAUUCCAACAGAGGAGCAGGUAUCUUGGCUCUCAAAAGAGUCAAAGAGGGCUGCUCUGCCUUCCCAUGUGGUCACCAUGCUGGACAACUUCCCCACCAAUCUACACCCCAUGUCUCAGCUCAGUGCAGCCAUCACAGCCCUCAACAGUGAAAGUAACUUUGCCCGAGCAUAUGCAGAGGGUAUCAACCGAACCAAAUACUGGGAGGAAGUGCUUGUUUGGCUAACACAACUACAGAAGGAAGUUGGCAAAGAUGUAUCAGAUGAGAAGUUAAGAGACUACAUCUGGAACACACUCAACUCAGGACGGGUUGUUCCAGGCUAUGGUCACGCAGUUCUAAGGAAGACUGAUCCACGAUAUACCUGUCAGCGAGAGUUUGCUCUGAAACAUCUGCCUAAUGACCCCAUGUUUAAGCUCGUUGCUCAACUCUACAAGAUUGUGCCCAAUGUCCUCUUAGAACAGGGCAAGGCCAAGAAUCCUUGGCCUAAUGUAGAUGCUCACAGUGGGGUGCUACUUCAGUACUAUGGCAUGACGGAGAUGAAUUACUACACGGUCCUGUUCGGGGUGUCACGGGCACUGGGUGUACUAGCACAGCUCAUCUGGAGCCGAGCCCUAGGCUUCCCUCUAGAGAGGCCCAAGUCCAUGAGCACAGAUGGUCUAAUGAAGUUUGUGGACUCUAAGUCAGGGUAAAACAAGUUUGGGAGGAAACUGACUACCAGAAAGUGAGGAAGCUUAAAAUAUAUAUAUGUAUUUAUACAUAUAUUAAACACUUUUGUUUCAGGGGGCCUUUAAAGACUUAAGAUUAAAUUGUAUCUGAGGUACCG